AUGACAACCAAAUCCAACAGCGGUGUUCUGGGUGGCAAGGCUUCCUCAUCACCUCUCCUGACGUCUCCACCUCGCCAGCGCCUGAUCACCAAAGAUGGACACUGUGCACUUCGUCCCCCUGUGUGUUCUUCAGGCUUAUGGCAUGAGACUUUACGCAGAGCCUGGGUGUUGGCCCUGCAGGACCUGUGGGGACUGUUGGUGAGUCUUCGCUGGAGAUGGGUCCUCCUGGCCUUCUGCACAUCUUUCCUGGCCCACUGGCUGUUGUUUGCCUGUCUGUGGUACUUGCUGGCCCAUCUAAAUGGAGACCUUGCUGUGCAGGAUCAUGAUGCACCCCCACAGGGGCAUGUGCUCUGUGUAAAGCACAUUACAAGCUUCACUGCUGCUUUUUCCUUCUCCCUGGAGACUCAGCUAACCAUCGGUUAUGGCACCAUGUACCCCAGUGGAGACUGCCCGAGUGCCAUAGCACUGCUGGCUGUUCAAAUGCUGCUGGGGCUCAUGCUGGAAGCAUUUAUCACAGGUGCAUUUGUAGCCAAGAUUGCCCGGCCCCAGAAGCGAGCGGGAGCCAUCCAAUUCAGCCACCAGGCAGUGGUGGGCCAACACCUGGGGCAGACGUGCCUCAUGCUUCGAGCCACCAAUCUGCUGCAGCGACCUCUGGUGGAUGUGAAGGUGAGUGCUGUGCUAUACGAGGAGCAUGAAGGUCAAGCUCUGCACCAGACCUCGCUGGACUUCUAUUUGGACCAUUUGGGCCAGCAGCCAUGCCCCUUCUUCAUUUUCCCACUCACCUUUUACCACCCCCUGGACCGUCGGAGUCCCCUCUACCCUGCCCUGUGCGAGGGCUCAUCAACCCACUUUGAGUUAGUGGUUUUCCUGUCGGCCCUGCAGGAGGGAACUGGUGAUGCCUGCCAGAAGAGGACCUCCUAUCUGCGCCAAGAAAUCCAGUUUGACCGCCGCUUUGUCCCUGCUUUAGGUUUGGAUGCCUGUGGGAGGUACACAGUGAGCAACCAGCACUUUGAUACAGCUCACUCAAAGGAGCCUAUGAACAAAGACUGUGUGGUGCAGAUCAACGGUGAUGGCAGCGAAAGGAUGGAAUAAAGAUGCUUGUCAAAGAGACAGAGAGAAGAUGCAGGUGGAGGCAAAUAUUGUUGUCGGGAGGUAUUUGAUUGAAUUUGGUAAAUUUGAAUUUAUGAUUCAACAUUAUAAAAAUUCAAAUGUAUGCCAGAUAUAUUCUAAGUACUGAUGCAGGUUCCCUCACCUCCUCCCUCAAAUCACUUCAAGUCCUCAGUGCACAAAGCAGGGGAACCAGUAACUGGCAGUUGUAUUGAUUGGAAUGACUGACUAGCAAGGAUGGAAGAGUGUGUGUGGGGUGGGGUGUAGGGGGAUGCAUGUGUUUGAACAUUUCUGACUUUGGGGACAGUAAUUUAAGA